ACUCAUCAGUUGAUCCCAGUGUUAUCUUCUUCUUCUUCUUCACAUUCCCGCCAAAUGUGAAGGAACAUCACUACUCAAUGGAUAUAUUUCCAAUUCGAAACCUUCAAAAGCUUCCUUUCAUGCCCAAUAACUUCCGAAUCACCGACCCAAAAGACUGGAACUCGGUCAUCAAGCACCAUACCAAGUUCAACAAUGACCACGCAAUUCUCUCUACAUAUACCCACAUGGAAUCUCUCGGCAUAGCUCCCGAUAAUGCCACUCUACCUCUCGUUCUCAAGGCCUGCACGAGGCUGAAUGAUGUCGAGAGAGGAAAGAAAAUUCAUUGGAGUAUUCGGGGCACGGGUUUGAUCGAAGAUGUCCGAGUUGGGACUUCCGUUGUCGACUUUUACGGGAAAUGUGGGCUCGUCGAUGAUGCCCGUGAAGUGUUCGACAAAAUGCGUGAAAGAGAUGUCGUUUUGUGGAAUGCCAUGAUAUAUGGGUAUGUGGGUUGCUGUUAUUUUGAGAAGGCGGUUUCGUUGUUUAUGCGAAUGCAGAGCGAGGGACUUAAACCCAAUUCGCGUACUGUUGUGGGACUUCUUUCAACUUGUAGAGAGCUUGAUGAGUUGAGGUUGGGACAGGAGAUUCAUGGUUAUUGUUUGAGGAAUGGACUGUUUGAUUUGGACCUUCAUGUGGGGACUGCUUUGAUUGGGUUUUAUUCGAGAUUUGAUGCGAGGAUUUCGCGCCUUGUGUUUGAUUUGAUGGAUGUGAAGAACACUGUGAGUUGGAAUGCGAUAAUUACCGGGUAUGUUGACAUGGGGGAGAACUUGGAGGCUUGUAAUCUUUUUGUGCAUUUGCUUGUAGAUGGGGUUAAUAAGUUUGAUUCGAUUACAGUACUUGUUGUAGCUCAAGCCUGUGCAGAACUUGGAUUUCGCAAUUUGGGUAUGCAAAUCCAUCAACUGGCUAUUAAGUAUGGUUACAGAAAUAAUUUGUUCAUAGUAAAUGCCUUGCUUAAUAUGUAUUGUGAUUGUCGCAGUUUAGAUUUGGCAUGUAGGUUAUUUGAAAAUGUCCCUAACCGUGAUGUUGCUUUGUGGAAUUCUAUGAUAUAUGCAUACAUAGAAUACGGCAUUUGUGACGAAGCUUUGAGCUUGUUUGUUUCUAUGCGAACGGAAGGCGUAAGAGAAGAUGAAAGAACUAUUGCUAUAAUGGCAUCUUCAUGUCCAAAUUUAGCUGAUGGAGUGAGAAAUGGAAAAAGUUUACAUGCUCAUGCGAUCAAAAGUGGAAUGGAAAUAGAUGAUGUUUCUCUUGGAAAUGCAUUCUUAGGUAUGUAUGCUGAAUUAAACUGUACCGAAGCUGCCCAAAAGGUUUUUGACGACAUGACAGGUCCAGAUGUCAUCUCAUGGAACACUUUGAUCAUGGCAUUGGCCUGCAACAAGUUGAGGAAUGAAGCUUGGAACCUAUUUGAGGCAAUGCGAGCCACUAAAAUGACACCCAACUCGCAUACAGUGAUAUCUAUCCUUGCUGCUUGUGAUGACGAAACCUGUCUGAAUAUUGGGAGAGCAGUUCAUGGUUUUGUUAUAAAACUUGGCAUUGAAAUCGACCUAUCUUUCAACACUGCACUGACAGAUAUGUACAUGAAUUGUGGCGAUGAAGCAACGGCUAGGAAUCUAUUUGAGAAUUUUCCUGAUAGGGAUGUGAUUUCAUGGAAUGCGUUAAUUGCUAGCUAUGUUAGAAACAACCAAGGUGAGAAAGCUCAAUUACUUUUCAGCCGUAUGAUUUCAGAAGUAGAACCUAACGGUGUCACAAUCAUAAACAUGCUUUCGUCGUGUACUCAUCUCGCCGCUCGUCCUCAAGGCCAAUGCUUGCACGCUUUCGUGACUAGGAGGCAAGCCUCUUUCGCUAACAAUUUGUCUCUUGCAAAUGCUUUUGUGACGAUGUAUGCUAGAUGUGGUAGCGUGCAAAAUGCUGAAAAAGUCUUCAAACUUUUACCGAGAAGAAAUAUCAUCUCAUGGAACGCCCUGAUAACUGGCUAUUCUAUGCACGGUUGCGGAGUUGAUUCUAUUCUUGCAUUCUUGCAAAUGCUAGAAGAUGGUAUGCAACCAAACGCCGCAACUUUCAUAGCUAUUCUAUCUGCUUGCAGACAUUGUGGAUUUAUAGAGAAGGGAUUGCAGUUUUUCCAAAUGAUGGUUCAUGAAUUCAAGAUAAAACCCGAGCUUGUUCAUUAUGGUUGUGUGGUUGAUCUUCUUUGCCGAGGAGGACGCUUGAAUGAAGCCAGAGAGUUUAUCGAAUCAAUGCCUAUUGAACUGGAUGCAUCGUUGUGGAGGGCUUUGCUCAGUGCUUGUCGAGUUAAUUCUGACACAAAGUUAGCUGCAACAAUAUUCGAGAAACUUGUUGAAUUAGAACCCAUGAAUGCAGGAAACUAUAUAUUGCUGUCUAACAUCUACGCCUCAGCAGGUCUUUGGCUAGAGGUGAGGAAGAUAAGGACGUGGCUCCAAGAAAAGGGAUUAAGAAAGUCUCCAGGAAUAAGCUGGAUUGUUGUUCGAAGCGAAGUACAUUGUUUUGCUGCUGGUGACGCGUCACACCCUCAGUCAAACAUAAUUUACGAAAAUCUAUGUUCUCUAACAGCAUUAAUCAAAGAAAGUGGAUAUAUUCCCGACAUCCAAGGGGUUUUGAAUGAAGAAGAAGAAGAAUAGUUCGAAACGCCUUAAGUUCACAUGGAAACUGAAGACUUGGAAGCUCACACUCUGGUGUUUGGAGCAAAUGAGAUAAAAACCUUUUUCAUUUUUAGUUCAUUGGAGAAAGGUAAACCUGACUAUCAGUUAUAUAGAAGCUAGAGAUUUUCACUCCUAAAAUGCACUUACAUUUGCAUAGUAAUUAGCAA